ACCAAUUUAUUAAGCGUGUACCCACCUUCUCACACUUAUCCACACUUUACCCACUUUUGAAAUAAGCUAGUAAAAAUCCCACAGAGAUAUUUAGUUCAACCGAGAAUCCAGAAGAGAUAGGAAGCACGACUCCAUUCCGCAUUCAAAGGAAUUUCAGGAGAAAUAUGUCUACACUUGGGUAUCUUUUGGGCGACAAUUUGCGGGCCAGAUCAGUUUCACGCGCUCUGAGCCCUUACGUCGCCAUUUCUGAGCUGGACGACGCCAAUCAGGUCGUGUCCCGGAAACACUAUUCGUACCGGUCAUCAACCGCACCUCCGAGUUCUUCCCUUUCUCUCUACGAUCCACUUAUCACCGUCCCCAGAAGAUAUUAUGGCGAUUGGUCAACAAUGCCAUCCACUUACUACGACUAUCCGCGGUAUCGAUCCAGCUACUAUUACGACGACAUCUUGCCCUACUCCCGGUAUCGAUCGGACUUUGGCAUGUCGCUCACCGUUCGAACCCCACCGCCCGUUACGAACUACUUGCAGCCAAUUUAUAAAACCUACCGCCACAUUUCGCGACCGCAAUAUCACUACUACGCGCCCCCAUCGCCCCCGGUGGUGAGGAAUGAGACGUACUCGCCCGUCUAUCACUACCACAUUGAACCCCCACGAACGAGAACUGUCACCACGACGAGAUAUUACCGAACACUGCCCACAUACAAUUAUACGCCAAUUUACGACAACAGCUAUUACUAUUCGAGACUUCUAUAUUGAAGAAGAAAUAUGCAAAUUAAAAUUUUGCCAAGCUGUGUUCUUGCGAUUUACUGCCAAAUUAUCUAAAAUAAAUAAAUCCUGUUGCUUCAAUAUUUCCUCGUCAAA